AUGCGGCGCGAUGAACCUGCUCCACGAACAUGCGGACCGAGGGUGAACAGCGAUCACCGCGAGCAUCCCCCAUUUGCAGGCGAGCUCGAAGUCGGCGAAUCGCAGCCCGGCUUCAAAAUCAUGCAGGAACCUGUAUGCAUACGUCAGAACGCACUGACGCUGACUUGGUGCGACCUGCAGCCUACAGGCGUCAACCACGUCGGGCCGGACAUCAAACCGCAAACGCUGGCUCGGAGAAGGCUCACAUCGUCGCACAGUAGUAAUGGCAUGUCUUCUCUUCCGGAUGACUUGCACAAUUUUUUUGAGCUGCAGGACAUCGCGAACGCGUCACCGGCGGACGCUGCUGCCGAGUGUUUUCACGACAAGACGUCAGCGCCCCUCUCCUGA